AUGUCAAGCCCACGACACUCGCCGCCUCCUUCGGCCGCAGCCCCCAAGCCUAAGGGUAUUCUCAAGAAUGCGGGCGAGCGCAGACCAUCCCAAGGAGAAGGCUUGGGGCAAGACGACGAUGCUGCCAACAGACUGCAAUGGGACGAGACCAACCUCACCCUGCACGAGAUUGAGCGCGAGCAGCAAGAGGCACGGAUGAAGAUUGAUGAGCCCAAGACGCCCUUUGUGCACGGCACCUCGCUUAAUCCUGUUGGAGAUGACGAACUAUUUGACCUUGACGGUGGCGCUCCCAGUGCCAGCUUGUUAGAAAUUCGACGCGGAUCGGCAGCUGAUCAGCUCGCGGCAAACACAUCUGCCAACUCGGGCCGUGCUCCGGGUGAAGGUCUUGGACUUGCCGUUGGACUCGACGCGGCCGACCUGGCCAGAGGUGCCGACAACCACUCGUCCACCGAUAGCCAACCAGCCCCAACCUCGGCACGCUCCACGUCGCGCUCGCCUUCAUUCUCGCUGCCUCCCAAGAGUCCCUCUUCGCGUCGAUCCAGCUCGCGAUCUGCCACAGCGGCUGCAGCCGAUGAUCAGAGGAGCGACAUUCGACAGCAGGCACACGACAUGGAGGUGGACGAUGCCGAUGACGGCGAAGUGGAGGAAGAAGAUCCGGACCCAGAAACUCAAGCCAAGCACGCCGCUUUCGCCGCCAAGAGGAACCAGCACUACGGCAAUGAGGCCGAAGCCAUGAAGAUUGCUGCUGCUCUUGCUUCACAGGAGGAGGAGGAUGACGACGACGAUGACGAGGACCAAGAGUCGAGCCGUCUGCCUCCUGUUCCGACUGUUCCCAACGGUGCCGCCGCGAGUUGA